AACCUAGACAAAUGAUUUAUUAAAUAAACAAAAACAACAGCAAUAACAAGGAAAAUAGAAACUAAUUUCAAAAAAAUUAAAAAAAUAAAAAUAUUUUAAAGUGCAAAUUUUCUCGUCCUACCCGUAUGGUACAGGUAACCAAGUUAUCCUGUGCUCUAAGCCUCAACCGGAAGAUCAUAAACUAAAGUUAAAGCCGGCAUAUAUAAAUUAAACCCCUUUAAAGUCAAGGGAUUAACGACAACGACGAAACAAGUGACAAGUGACCUCGUUAAGCAACAAACAAUUUUCAAAAGUCAUUAUCUUUUGUGUGUGUUUUCAAUUGACUUUUAUAACAAUAGUUCAACUCUUAGUGCAACAAAGAGAUUAAAACGUAACUCUAACAACAACAACAACUAAAUCAUAAUCGCUUUGAGACAACAAGUAAUUAUGGCAAAAGUGUAAACCCUGUCAUCGUUCUAUUAUUAUUAUUAUUGGCGAGAAUUUAUGACUUUUUCAAAAUCAGAGCAACAGCCAAACCCUCCGAACCCUAAAACCUGGUGUGUGUGCAAGCACACACACAGACAGCAAUACUGACACAGACACCCCAUAUCAUUUACUCAGAGCAACUACUCUCAGCGUAUGCAAGAUUUUAAUUUCUAUUAACGCUAGUGAAUAGAAAAAGAAACUAAAUGCACGCACACAAGCAAUGAACUCUUUUUUCUUGUUUUCAUUUCUAACUCUACGAUCAUAGCUAGAGCCAGAGUAGUUAGUUAGUCAUAGGCCAGGAAAAUCCCAAGACAAAGUCAACAAAACCAAACAUCAUCUGUCCCUGUGCAUAUCUCGAUCGCACAACAGCUAACAUUGGUUUCGUUCGACGUUUCCCCUCAUACACAAAAUAACGGCGGCAAUUUUACAAUAUCAACGAUACAUUGGUUGCUUAUUUCCUUAAUUCUACGUCUAAACGAACAGUUGCCAGUUGUGUAAAGUGAAAAAUCUAAGGAAAAUAAAACCGAAAAACACAAAAACAACCUGCCGUCGCCCCAUCAUAGUUUUUAUUAUUUGAAAAAUUGAUUUAUGGCCAACAAACAAACAAAAACAAACAAAUCGGUAGUGUCAUCUGGCCUAGGGGGAUAUUCAGUGUGAGCGAUAGAGUGAGAAUGUUGUGGACUUUCAAUAGAGUAAUAACAACAACAAUAACAACAACAACAUUUUUAUUCAACUGAAUUUUGUGAGUUUAAUAACAAAAAAUUUUAAUAAAACAAAAAAUCAUAAAACCAGUGCAAAUCAGUUUAAAAAACUAACAAAAGCAUUACAUUCCCUUAGCAUAACAAAAGAAACAAGCAGCAAAAGUAUUAAAAAAUCAAAUUUUAAUAACAUCAACUUUUAAGUGAAGUUCAAGCAUUGGAUAUAUUGGCUGUUUGAAAGGAGUCUUAAAAAACGCUAAGUUAAAGUCCCUAACCAAACGGGAAAUCGAUCUUAAAAAAACGAAAAUACCAGCCAUCAUGGAUCCCGAUUGUUUCGCCAUGUCCUCCUACCAGUUUGUCAACUCACUGGCCUCAUGCUAUCCCCAACAAAUGAACUCACAACAGGGACAUCCCGGUAAUCCCAGUGGCAGUGCAAAUACACCCAACAGUAAUGGCGGCCCCGGGGCCGGCAGUACGGGUAGUGCUAAUUCCGGUGCGGCCACACCGGGUAAUGAUUAUUUUCCUGCCGCCGCCGCAUAUGCCCCCAAUCUAUAUCCCAACACACCUCAGGCUCAUUAUGCUAAUCAGGCUGCGUAUAGUUUAGGAGGAGGUGGUGGUGGCGGUGCUGCAUCUCAGGCCACACCACCUGAAAUGGUUGAUUAUACACAACUACAACCUCAACGUCUGCUAAUGCAACAACAACAACAGCAGCAGCAACAGCAACACAAUGCCCAUGCGUCUGUGGCGGCAGCGGCUGCAGCGCAACAUGUUGUCAACCAACAACAACAACAGCAGCAGCAACAACAACAAUUAGGACAACAACACCCGCAACAACAACAGACUGGCAAUAUAAAUUGUAAAUACGCCAAUGAUCCUCAAACACCCACCGGCAAUAAUAAUAGUUCCAGCAAUAACAACAACAACACUCAGUCGUUGGCCAGCCCCCAGGAUUUAUCAACACGAGAUAUAUCACCGAAAUUAUCACCCUCCUCGGUGGUGGAAAGCGUGGCUCGAUCUCUGAACAAGGGUGUAUUGGGUGUGAAUUUGAAUAAUAAUCACAGUAAUAAUGUGAAUGUGCCCAUGCAUAGUCCCGGCGAGGGUGAUUCUGAUUCGGAAAGUGACAGCGGCAACGAGGCGGGCAGUAGUCAAAAUAGUGGCAAUAAGAAAAAUCCUCCACAAAUAUAUCCCUGGAUGAAGAGAGUACAUCUGGGUCAAAGUACUGUCAAUGCCAAUGGUGAAACAAAACGACAACGGACCUCAUAUACCCGCUAUCAAACACUGGAACUCGAAAAAGAAUUCCACUUCAAUCGUUACCUGACCCGCCGGAGACGCAUCGAAAUCGCUCAUGCCCUCUGUCUGACUGAGCGUCAGAUUAAAAUCUGGUUCCAGAAUCGUCGCAUGAAAUGGAAAAAGGAACACAAAAUGGCCUCCAUGAACAUUGUGCCGUAUCAUAUGGGCCCCUAUGGCCAUCCCUAUCAUCAAUUCGAUAUUCAUCCGUCACAGUUUGCGCAUUUGAGCGCAUAGG